AUGUUUAGAUGCCCCUUCUACAAAUAUUCUUUCUGCUCACUCUCGAAUAUUCUCUCCUCUUGGUUCCAGUACGAAGCGUUGAAAUUUGUUUCCUUCCCGACACAAGUGCUCGCCAAGGCCUGUAAAGUCAUCCCAGUAAUGUUGAUGGGCAAAGUCGUGUCUGGAAACAAGUAUCCACUUUUCGACUGGGCUACUGCUGCUCAACUGGGUGUUGGCACAUCCAUCUUCCUCCUCUCAAAUCACGAUGAUUCUGGUGACGGAAGCACAACUACUUUUUCCGGCCUCUUGUGCUUGAUGGGUUACAUGGUUUUCGAUUCCUUCACUUCUAACUGGCAAUCCGAAGUUUUCAAGUACAAAAUGAGCUCCAUGGAAAUGAUGUUCGGCGUCAACGUCUUUUCAUGUCUCUUCACCUCCUGGUCGCUUAUUUCUCAAGGAUCCUUUGCUGAAUCACUUGGCUUCAUGCUCCGACAUCCAGACUUUACUUUCCACGCCGUUGUCUUGUCCGCUUGCUCAGCUCUCGGCCAGUUAUUUAUUUAUUACACCAUUUCUGAGUUUGGUGCCGUUGUUUUCACCAUCAUCAUGACCACCCGAAGUGCUCUUGCGAUUAUUUUGUCGUGCAUCAUCUACGGUCACCCAGUCAAUGGCCAGGGCGCUUUCGGUCUCCUCGUUGCCUUCUCCUCUCUUGGUCUUCGAAUUUGGUACAAAAUGCAGCAGAAAAAGAAGGCCCAGCAACAAAAAGAAGACAAAGUCCCCCUCCUUGCCGAGAACAAAUAA